AUGGCGAAGCCAAUGAUGUUUGUGCAAGCUCUGUUCCUGCUAAUCAUCCUUCAAGCUCUGCCCAACGACGCCAUCGCCGACCUUUUCCGCGAAUUCAUAGGCGUCGAGUUCAAAAACGUCAAGUUCACCGACGUCCCAGUCAACCCACAAGUCGACUUCUACUUUCUCCUCGCCUUCUCCAUCGAUUACGACACCUCCGAUUCCCCGUCCCCCACCAAUGGCCACUUCAACGUCUUCUGGGACACCGACAACCUCGACAUCGACUACAAGCACUUCAAAUCCGACCUAGACACUUUCGCCGAGUACAUCGGCUGGCUGAUAUCAACUCUGAAGAACAACGGGUCAUCUCUUUUGAGUCGAUUGCUCCAUUUGACGACCCCAAGUGUGGACCAGUUUUUGAAGCAUUACGAUGAACAGAGCUUGAAUUACGAUGGCGGGAAGGUGUUGGUGAGUUUCAUUAAUAAUGGGAGCGGCGGGCUAUCCCCUGCGGAUGGGUUCUUUAAGGCGUGCGAUAGGCUGAAGAAACAGGGGAAGCUGCAGGGGAUUUUCGCUUGGUCGGCUGAUGAUUCCAAGGCUAAUAGGUUUUGCUAUGAACGCCAGUCCCAGGCUGUGCUAGCAACUACCAACUGGUAG